GUCUUCCUUAGUCCACCGCACCAAUCUCGUUGUUAAUCAUCGCCAGCGACGACAUCCUCGCUGAUCCUCCUCCUCCUCCUCCUCCUCCGCUGCCGCCUUUUCCUCACGCCAUCCUCGCUCUGCUCGCGGCGCUUUUCGCGCAGGGGGGGGGGGGUGGCUAGAUUCUCGUGAUUCCCCGCUGCUCCCCCUGUUUUGAUCCCCGCCGGUACGGUCGGGCCAGCGCGCUCGCUUCUCCGCCGCUCCCGGGGGUCCGCGUGUUUCUUCAUCAGGUCUACUGCACUUUCAUUGGGGGCCUUCUCGACUGAAAUGGAGGACAGGCGACUGAAAAGUUGUUGAAACAGAUGCGGAGCAUCUUGUGCUUUCCCCAUCGCGAACACGCUCUGAGAAGAUUGUUGAGGAAAUGGGGAAUCCUACACGCAGCGCUGGGUGUAAAAAGUCGAAUGACUCCAUGAGGCUGAUAAUUACAACAUUUGUGGGAAUUGUGUUUGGUUUCUUCGUUGGAGCAUCUUUUCCUACAUUGUCUCUAAUUAAGUUUAAUCUUCCAACCGGCCCUCAGACUGCUGUUGAUGUCAUGCAUUCGGAGGACCCAAAAACAGGGCUCUCUACCCAAACAAUUCUAAAUUUGUCUGGUGAGAAGGGUUAUAAUAGCAGCUCAGAUCAAGCUCAAAACGGUACAUCUAAGAUUUGGGUCCCUUCAAAUCCCAGAGGUGCAGAAAGACUGCCACCAGGAAUUGUCACUGCAGAGUCAGAUUUUUAUAUGCGCAGACUCUGGGGUAAGCCGAGUGAGGACUUAACCAUUAAACCUAGGUACCUGGUGACCUUCACUGUUGGUUAUAAUCAGCACAAGAAUAUCGAUGAUGCCGUUAAAAAGUUUUCAGAGAACUUUACCAUUCUCUUGUUCCACUAUGAUGGAAGAACAACUGAAUGGGAUGAAUAUGAAUGGUCCAAGAGGGCCAUACAUGUGAGCGUUAGGAAGCAGACAAAGUGGUGGUAUGCCAAGCGGUUCUUGCAUCCUGACAUUGUGGCACCUUAUGACUACAUUUUCAUAUGGGAUGAAGACUUAGGGGUUGAGCAUUUUAAUGCAGAAGAAUACAUAAAAUUGGUGAGGAAGCACGGCUUGGAGAUCUCGCAGCCAGGUCUGGAGCCUAACAAAGGCUUAACAUGGCAGAUGACUAAAAGGAGAGGUGAUCGAGAAGUUCACAAAGAAACACAGGAGAGACCUGGCUGGUGUACUAGUCCCAAUAAGCCCCCAUGUGCAGCGUUUGUUGAGAUAAUGGCUCCAGUUUUCUCACGAGAUGCUUGGCGCUGCGUGUGGCAUAUGCUUCAGAAUGACCUGGUCCACGGAUGGGGUCUCGACUUUGCUCUCCAGAGAUGUGUAGAGCCAGCACACCAGAAGAUAGGAGUAGUAGAUGCUCAGUGGGUAGUUCAUCAAACAAUCCCCUCACUAGGGAACCAGGGAGAAGUGCACGAUGGGAAGCCACCAUGGCAAGGGGUCAGAGAGAGGUGUAGGAAGGAGUGGGGUAUGUUUCAGAGACGGAUGGAUGAUGCAGAAAAGGCCUAUUUUAGGUCGAUCGGAAUCGAUCCUUCUCAGACGAAGAAAUCUCACUAGAGAGUUAAAUCGCAGCAGCGGAUUCCGCAGGACCAUACUCAUAGUCAUAGUUAAUAUUUACAGUAUCGCAUAUAGCUGUAUAUCCCGCAUUAAUUAGCCGCACAGAGCUAAUGAUUCACCAAAUGAUAGAAUAUUUCUCGCUAUUAAUUGAAAGUUGCUCGAGUUCUUUCGAGAGUUUA